AUGCUGUCAAUCAUUUUCAAUAUCCACCUUCCAGCAGUGCAAAAAAUCUGUAAACAGCUUCUGUGAAUUUAUCCCUGAUAUUAUUCACAAAGAAUUCAUACUUGAGCACAUUACAUUCUUUUGAAGAAAUAGGCAAAUGUCUGAGGGCAAAGAGGAAAUUCUUCACAAGGAUCUGGAGAAGUCAAAGAAAGAUGGGGAAGAGUUGAACGACUUUUAUAGCCCAGAUCAACCAGGAAACUUGGUAUCCUUCAUCCAAAUCCCACUGCAUCUCAUUGGUCCAAUCAUCUUUGAUGAUGAGUCCUUGCUGAUCCCUAUGGCAACCACAGACCCCAAAAUCUUGGAAUUUGUGACUCUUGGGGCCAAAGCAGUGGCUGCCUCAGCAGCCUAUCCACAGACAUUGUGCUGCAAACCUGGCAUCAGGACAAGCAUAACAGCAAAAGAAAACAUGAGUUCAUCCCCUGUGUGCAGCUUUCCUAGUGUUCUUCAAAGUGCACUAUGCUUGGAGUGGGUCAAUUCCAGAAAAUGGCAAGAGAGUUGGGCCAUUAAUCAUCCUAAACUGAAGGAAAUGACUGCAAACGUAGUUGGGAGAUUGGUAUACUUCAGUUUGUCUUGGAGGUCUGAGGAAGAAGAUGAGCAGGAAGUGGCAAAUACCUUGUCCUCGGCUGGUUGCAUCACAAAUAUGGAAGCUAUUGGCACUGAUUUAUUUGCCACUGUUAGCCUGCCAUCAGUUGAGAAUCUCAGCAGACAUGGAGCAGCAAGGAUGACAACACAGGCAAGAAGUUUGACUCUGCUGGGAGUUCAUCCAUCAAUCAUUGAGGACCCUGAUCAGCGGUCUCAAAGGUUUGCCAGGAUUCUUGCUGUUGCUGUGCUGGCUGGAGAGCUGGGAUCAAUUGGCUCUGAAUUUUCCAGAUGAUUUAAAAAAGGGCAUUUCAAGUGUUAUUGAGAGUUUUCUCUUCAUUAUACAGAUUUUUGAAUCCACAAAUUUUGGAAUGCUUGAAAUUAAUUAACAAUAAUUAAUUGUUAAUGUUCAAAAGGGCUUAUCAAAUUCAAUUAAUAUUUAAAUUCCUUGUAAGAUGUGAUUUCAUCCUUGGAUAUACAAUAAUUUGAUGUGGAAUUUUUAUAGGAAAUACAGUCAACCCCUGCUUAACAUAGCUCCUGCCUAAGGGAUGUUUGCCUAAUGGACUGCCUCUUGAAGCAGGUUUUCCUCAUGCCUAAAAGACUUUUCACAUAACAGACUGGUUGGUGGUACAAAUAAAGUCCAUUGUGUAGGGGUUGACUGUAAACUUGUAAAGGAAUAGAAAUGGUUUACUGCUGGAAAAAUGUCAAGGGAUACCAGUGGUACCUCUCAAUUUUACCCUAAUCCAUUGCCAAAUUAGGGUCAAAUUGUGAAGUGGUCAAAUUUUGAGAUACUUGGUGAAAUUAUAAAAAAAAAUCAAAGCAAAAAUGCAAAAAAUGGCCAAAGCAGGACAAGUCGUGGGGCGUGAUGA